GUUAAUUAGUCAAUGAUUAGAAACUGUUUUGUUAGUUUAUAAAUAUGUCAAACUAAGACUAUCUUUGCAUGGCUGCACGUGAUCACUAACAUGUUUUCCACCUCAAAUCACCUUCAAAUUGAACCCUUAGCAUGUGAAAUGAUUCUUUUAUAGCUUUAAAUUUGCAUGGAAAUUAUUAGAUUCUUAUGCAUGAUUGGUAUAUGUAUAUCUAUAAAGAUUGAUCCACCAUGUCUUCAUGCAGAUCAGCAGAGACAUGUCCUCUUGUGGGCUACAAGGAACUUUCCUCUUCCUCUUCUUUCUCUCUUUUUCCUCUCUCUCAGCCGCUGUCCCUGAAGUUUCCUCUAGACAUUUAUUAACAAGAAAGCGAAGUGAUAAUAUAAUUCAGCAAUAUCUGAUUCCCCACAACUUGGAAAGAGCAAACCUGAGACUCCCUCCUCUCGCAUGGAGCAAAAAGCUUGCGAACUUUGCAUCUUUGUGGGCGCACCAGCGACAAGGCGACUGUGCUUUGAUUCAUUCGAAUAGCAAAUACGGCGAGAAUCUGUUUUGGGGUAGCGGAAAGGAUUGGAAACCAGGUGACGCGGUGGCGGCGUGGGCUGCAGAGAAACGUUACUACAACCACAAUGCAAAUACUUGUAGCAAGAACAAAGAUUGCCUGCAUUAUACCCAGAUGGUUUGGGGGCAAAGCUUGAAGGUUGGCUGUGCCAGAGUCAUUUGCAGAAGUGGAGAUACGUUUAUUUCUUGUAAUUAUGAUCCUCAUGGCAAUGUAAUCGGAGAAAAGCCUUUCUGA